CGGAUGCCAGCGUGGACCUGCUGCCGGGGCUGUUGCUGAAGAGAGGCCAGACCUCAAUGGUGAAUGCCAAGAAACUGGAGAAGGCAGAAGCCAGGCUGAAAGCCAAGCAGGACAAGAGGAUGGAGCGGGAUUCCCUGAAGUCAUCUGGCCCUCUUGUCCUUGAGGAGGCAUCUGCCAGCCAAGCUGCCAGCAAGAAGGAAACUCGCAUGGAGUCAUCAGGCAAGAACAAGUCGUAUGACGUGCGCAUCGAGAACUUUGAUGUGUCCUUCGGUGAGCGCGUCCUCCUGGCGGGAGCAGACCUGAACCUGGCGUUUGGCCGACGCUAUGGGCUGGUGGGCAGGAACGGGCUGGGCAAGACCACACUGCUGAAGAUGAUCGCCAGCCGGAGCCUGCGCAUCCCCUCGCACAUCAGCAUCCUCCAUGUGGAGCAGGAGGUGGCAGGGGACGAGACGCCAGCGCUGCAGAGUGUGCUGGAGUGCGACACCACGCGUGAGAGUCUGCUGCGGGAGGAGAGGGAUCUGACGGCUAAGAUUAAUUCCGGCAGGGGAGAAGGGACAGAAGGUGCCAGGCUAUCAGAGGUCUACGCGAAGCUGGAGGAGAUUGAGGCAGACAAGGCCCCAGCAAGGGCAUCCGUCAUUCUCGCUGGGCUGGGCUUUAAUGCGAAGAUGCAACAACAGACAACCAAAGAGUUUUCCGGAGGCUGGAGAAUGAGACUGGCCUUAGCCAGAGCCCUGUUUGCCAGGCCAGAUCUCCUUCUGCUGGAUGAGCCAACGAACAUGCUGGAUGUGAGGGCCAUUUUGUGGCUGGAGACCUACCUGCAGACCUGGCAGUCGACCAUCCUCGUGGUGUCCCACGACAGGAACUUCCUGAAUGCGGUGGCCACGGACAUCAUCCACCUGCACUCGCAGCGGCUGGACACGUACCGUGGGGACUUUGAGAACUUCAUGAAGAUCAAGGAGGAGCGGCUGAAGAACCAGCAGCGAGAGUAUGAAGCCCAGCAGCAGUACCGCGAGCACAUCCAGGUUUUCAUCGACCGCUUUCGCUACAACGCCAACCGGGCAUCCCAAGUGCAGAGCAAGCUCAAGCUGUUGGAGAAACUGCCAGAGCUGAAACCUGUGGACAAGGAGUCUGAGGUGAUCAUGAAGUUCCCCGAUGGCUUUGAGAAGUUCUCCCCGCCUAUCCUGCAGCUAGACGAAGUAGACUUUUAUUACGACCCAAGUCACUACAUCUUUCGUUCCCUCUCCGUCUCUGCUGAUCUGGAGUCCCGCAUCUGUAUGGUUGGGGAAAACGGAGCUGGCAAGUCGACCAUGCUAAAGAUCUUAAUGGGGGAGCUGGCACCAGUCAGAGGGAUCAGACAUGCUCACAGAAACCUCAAGAUCGGUUAUUUCAGCCAGCACCAUGUAGAUCAACUGGACUUGAACAUCAGUGCUGUAGAGUUGCUGGCAAGAAAGUUCCCAGGGAAGACAGAGGAGGAGUACCGGCAUCAGCUGGGGAGCUACGGCGUCUCGGGGGAGCUGGCCGUGCGUCCCGUGGCCAGCCUGUCUGGAGGUCAGAAGAGUCGCGUGGCCUUUGCCCAGAUGACUAUGUCCUGUCCAAACUUCUAUAUCCUGGAUGAGCCGACAAAUCACCUGGACAUGGAGACCAUCGAGGCAUUGGCAAAGGCACUGAAUAAGUUCCGGGGUGGUGUAAUUCUGGUGUCCCACGAUGAGCGCUUCAUCCGCCUGGUGUGCCAGGAGCUGUGGGUGUGUGAGAACGCCACCGUGACCCGCAUCGAGGGUGGCUUUGACCAGUACAGAGACAUCCUGAAGGAGCAGUUCCGGAAGGAGGGUUUCCUAUAA